AUGUGUACGAGGCUCUUUUCGAGUACUCUCAGAAAUAAACAUGAAAACCCACUGGGCCUGCCUCGUCGUCCAGGCCCAGCUCCCCAAAUACCCCGCAAAGGUGGUCCUAUAAAAAAGAGACCCAUACCCCAUGUGAACAAGGUCCUCGCAGUUGCAAGUGGAAAGGGCGGCGUCGGGAAGAGCACCGUCGCAGUGAAUCUCGCGUUUUCGCUUGCUAUGCUUAAGCCAAAGUCCCUUGGGCGACGAAUGCGCGUUGGUAUACUUGACUUGGAUAUAUUCGGACCCUCCGUUCCAAUGCUCAUGGGUCUUCAACACACAGAUGAGCCUCCUCUGACGCCUGGCGGGGCGAUCUUGCCUGUCAUAAAUCACGGCCUUCCGACAAUGUCAAUGGGCUACUUACUGCCCAAGUCUGAAUCGGGUUCACGCGAAGACGCGGCAGUUGUUUGGCGCGGGUUGAUGGUACAAAAAGCAGUGCAACAACUACUCUUUGACGUGGACUGGCGAGAUGCUGGGGAUGGUCCUGGACUGGACGUUCUAGUUGUCGAUCUGCCUCCUGGUACGGGUGACGUGCAGUUGACGCUUGGACAGCUUGUCGUUGUCGAUGGUGCCGUGAUCGUUUCUACCCCGCAGGACGUGGCUCUUGCGGACGUCCGUCGUGGUAUAUCGAUGUUUCGCAAAGUCUCUGUGCCAAUUACAGGGACUGUCCUUAACCAGUCGUAUUUUGUUUGCCCCUCCUGCGUGACUCCGCACUACGUCUUUGGCUCACCGACGGCAUUUCGCGCCACCGCGACGUCACUGAACGUCCCUGUUCUCGGUGAGCUCCCCCUCGUGAAGAGUGUCAGUAGAGGUGGAGAUGGCGGCGUUCCCUAUAUGCUUACGGCAAGUAAGGAACAGGCCGACGAAGACAAUGCCGGCGGGGCAGUGUGGCGGAAUGUCAUGCAAGAAAUGGCAGAAAACGUAUGGCAGGCCUUGGAGGGCAAGUAA